UCAUCAUCAGCAGCAGCACUGCAUUGACGGAGAACCGCACAGAAAGCGAGAAAAAGCCAGCCUUUUUCGGCACCGUCCAUGAUCCAUCCCGCAUUCCUGCCCCCCCAAAACAAAAUCAAAAGAGAUCAGAAAGAAAGAAAGAAAGAAAGAAAGAGAGAGAGAGAGAGAUCCCACCAACCCACGAGACGAGAGACCAAACACGCGGGAAAACGCGCCGCGGCGCGCCAACCUGUCCUCGCGCCCGGCGGCGGCACGUGCCACCGGCGUCCAGCCGGACCGACGACGACGCUGACCGCCCGGGCCCCACCCCCACCACCACCAUCGUGCUCGCCUCCUUCCUUGUCUCGCUUUACUGAGCGAGCUGAUCUUGAUCUGGUGGUCCUGCCUCGCUGUGUGUGAAUCUUUCUCCCUGCUGCGACCUUGCCCUUGGUCAUCUCGGCGGCGGCGACGGCGACGACGGCCGCCAUUGCCCGCGGCGGCUGAAGAAAGAAGCCUCCAAGAGCUCGAUCGCCUUCAGAUCGCCGGCUGCUGCCUAAAGAUUUGUGUUGGCAAAUUGAUAUAGGAUACACCAUGGGCGCUGAGGAGAAUAGUGACACGCCAUGCAUAAAGACGAUCUUGAGGUGUUCAAUCAGAAUGAGCUACAGAUAUGCUGCUGAACACUGGAUUCUCCUCUUUCCAAUCCUACUGCUCUACCUGCUAUUUAGAUCUUCGCCGGGUUUCUUCACUUUCCUUCUGUCCCAUUCUCCUGUAAUUAUAUGUGCUGCUCUUAUCCUUGGUGUACUGAUAAGUCAUGGGAACACAAACUUUCCGGAGACCGAUGAAGAGCGGAAAACUGUCACUGAUAUUUCAGCUCCCAAGUUUGCAGAUUUUUCCAGAGAUAUUCAUUUUGAAGCAAACAAGAGACCUUCAGUGCCUUCAUUUAAAGAGAAGGCAGUAAGCUUAAAGGAUGGUGAAAGUGAAACCAAAGAUGCUCUUCUGAAGGGAGUUAAUCAAGAAAAUGAGAAAGCUGAUGCAUUUGAUAGAGCUGAUGAGAAUCAGACGUCAUUUGGCUUGUAUUCUUCCAGAGAAAAUGCUAUGGAAAAUAUUGAGAUGUUGGGAAAGACAAAUCAUGAUAGAGGAUCAACGGAUUCACAAAGUGAUGAGGUAAGAGUAGUUUCAGAAGAUAAACCAGCAGGUACAUGUAAAUGGGGACGUGCCUUUUCUGUUCGUCGCAGGAAGAAGCUUUCUGAUAUAAAGGUAGAGCCUAUCAAUGCUUCUGUGGACAGCCCAUUAAACUCAUCUUUAGAUUCAUCAUUUGGUAGAGUUGGCAGCAAUGAUGGUUCACCAGAUUUUGAUCCUGAUCAGGCGGAGAGUACCACUCCUGAUACUCCUACAAAUCACAUUGCUCGUGCCCUUAACGAGAUUGGCCCUCUUUUGAGUGCUGACUCCCGCCAUCUUGAUCCCAUCCAAAAUGUUGAUUCAUACAACCAUUUCGGCAUGUUCUUUCAGAAUUCUAAAACUGACAGUGAAAAUAAUGAUGAAGCUAACAAGAUCAAGGCCAACGAAAACGAUGACAAGAAUGUUGGUACUAAUCCUGCCUUUCUUAGAACAGUAGAUGACGAUAACAAUGCCAUGGAUCUUGGAUAUUCUGAGAUGGAAAGGCAUCGUAGGUUAGAGAUCUUGAUGGUUAAGAGAAGGUCAAGGAAGAACAUAAUAUUUGAUCCUGACAGUAACUUGAUAGACAAUGAUAAAGAUCAGGUUUGCAAUAGAAACCCAUUUGAUAUUCUUUCUUGUUCUGAUCAGUCAGAAUUUCCUGGCUCAGCUCCAUCCAUUCUGCAUCCACGAGGGAAUCCGUUUGAUCACCCUUUUGAUCAAUCAGACGAAAGUCAUCUACAUGAAAGUGUGCCAGUACCCCACCAGGACAUGUUCUUCACAAGGCAUGAAAGCUUCAGCGUUGGCAGCCAGGGGAGACAUCCCUCUAUAUUUAAACCAUCUUUUGUCCUUGACGUGAUGGACAUUGAGGAGCCAAGUGCAAGCGAUUUCGAGAGACAGUUCAGUUACAAAAGUGUGUCUACACUGGGUACUGUUACUGAAUCUGAUAUCAUUUCUUCAGUUGCAGAUCAAGAGGACAUAAGUGACAGCAUACAAAAUGAUUCUAGUAGACAGUAUGAAUCACCAGAGUUACCUACAAGGGGAUCUGAUAUUAUAUGUGUUGGAGGCACAUAAUCAGAUGGGAUCAAUUUUUUGAACAAUGAAACUCUGAAUGCUAUCACCAAUGGAGCUAUUACAGAAUCAUGUAACACUAAGUCUGUUUUGGCAAGUCCGUGAUGCAUCCAUGAAGCAUUCAAGAAUCUCUCUGAUGCCACUGCCAAGAAUGUAUGAUGUCGCGGAUAGCAGUCAUACUGAAGCCUCUGUCAAUUUGGGAUAGCGAAGAGUUUGCCAUGAAAGAGCAGAGGAACCUGUAAAACCUUUGCUCGUGAUGCAAACGUUUUCUUUCUUCUAGCUUUUAUCUGAUGAAGGAUUUGCAUUCUUCAGAUAAAUUUGCAUAGUUCAAAACACAGGUUUUGCUAUGCGUUAUUGUGUAUGUAACAUGUAACACUAUUACAGUGUGUACAAUUCUUGAAUAUAAAUCUUCAAUGUAAGUAUGAAAGACGUAUUCCAUUUCCAUCCAGAGGUUUAGAAUUUGAGCACUUGGGAAACAUCUGAAU